UGCAUCCCGUGACUAGCAAGGGUCACGUGAACGAAAGUUUCUGGUAAACACAAAGCUACUUCUACAAAAGCUCGAACGUCUGCGCUCAGUUGCCAAGCACGUACUGAAAGACAGAAGUCAACUACCCAAAUUUCAUCGAUCAAAAUGCAAGUCACAGCUGUUAUAGUCACUCUGUGCUCAGUUGUAGCACUUGGUUAUGCCUGCUGCACACCUGACCAAUGGGAGGGAGCUGAAGCUUCAAUUGGAGGAUGGGCCACUAAAAAACGCCAUGGCCUUCUGAAGGAAUACAUCAAAGUGUCCUAUGACGCUACCAACAAUCGCACUGCUGCCUUCCUUGACUACGUUAACGGGGAUUUCUCCAACAAGUAUCAGAUCGUCACCAGAUACGAUGAAGGGGUUGGCAAAUUGUACGUCGUUGACCUGAAGAAAGACAAAUGCUGGACUAAAGAACUCACCCGUCCAUUCCGUAAAGCUUGCAUUCCUGAUUCUGCCAAAUCAAUGGGUGAAUAUUAUCUUGGUCUUGAGGGUGGAUUCAAAGUGUCAGGUUUCGAGGUGAAGGGAAAAUCUUUUCAAGUGUUUGUCUCCGUGCAGCUCCUGGACAACAAUCAGUGUGUGCCUGUGGGAGAAACUGUUACCGGAAGUCUCCGCAAAGCUGACUUUGUACAAAAUGUUGGCUUCAUCAAUGUCACCCCUGGCAUCAAGAAUGAGACUGUCUUUGAUAUCCCCAAAGCCUGUGAAAAGAUGGAAGAUUUCUCUUUAGCUGAAGAGUUGUCCCGUGAACACUACAUCAUGGCUGUCUAAAAGACUGUUUCUUUAAUAAGUUUUUGGUGUUUGUUUUUUUUUUUGGUUUUUUUUUUUUUUUUUUUUUUUUUGUUCAAGUACAUCUUAAGUGUACAUUUCCACAAUUUUAAAGCAUAAUUUUGUUGGUCUUUUGCCAAGUUUGUAGUAAGUUGUUUACUAUUGUGAGAUAAAAAAAUUUUAUUUUCUCAACUAACUAUUCCAUUGUGUGAUUAACCACCGAACAAAAUAAUUUAAAUAGAAUUUUUUUUUUAAUCUGCAUUUUUGAGUUGCCGAAUCAGUGUGCCUUUUAAUGUACAUCGAUGAUUGGAUAAAGUAUAGAUCUCAAUGUAGCUGAAAUGUGUUGGAUAGUAAUUAAAAUUUGUCGCAUGUAUCGAGAUUGCAGAAAGAAAACAGAAUCUCAAAGUUUUUUCAUAAGUAGGGAUCUCUGUAUUUGUUUCAAGCAGGUGUAAAUAUACUGUUUGACUUUUUUGUAUGAAAAAUAAAAGUAUCUCCUGAUACACUAAA